AUGUCGGGCUCGGAGGAGCGGUACCGUGACCUGGACCGCGAUAGGAGGCGCGACCGCGACCGCAGCCGGGACCGUAGCCGGGACCGCGACCGCGACAGGCGGCGCGACCGCGACCGGCGCGACCGCACGCAGGGCAAGGGGGUGGACGACAAGCGCUGCAAGGCGGAGGGCGUGCGGCGCAAGGAGAAACGCGUCUACCGCCAGUACAUGAACCGGCGCGGAGGCUUCAACCGGCCGCUCGACGAGGUCUGA